AUGGGCGCUGAGUGGAUCCACGACGACGAUCCUGAUGAUGCAGCACCACCACCUGACCGGGCAGCACCACCACCUAACCAGGGGCUCAAUAUAGGCACUCAGACUGGUAAUGUUUUUUAUGACCACACUGAGCUCCUUAUUACCCAGGUUCACCAGGUGAAUGCCAUCAGGCAGGAGCUUCUGGAGACAGUGAAAAAUGCAUCAGAUGCCAAGACAUGCUUUCUGCUCUAUGGGGGAACUAAGACACAAGCUAUAACAAUGUUAGAGAUAAAAGCUAUCUCUUGGAAUGUUAGAGGACUAAAUUCUCCAUUGAAAAGUCCUUGGACUGGGCAAGAGCAAGAAGUCUUAGAACCUACAGCCUUCCCACACUCAGGACAAUCAGGACCUCAGCCUAUUGACUCUGCUUGUAAAAUGCAAAUAAGCAAUUUAUUUGAAGAAUUUGAAUAUUUUCAGGAUGGAGACAUCAUAAUUGGGGGACUAGUGACUGUGAAUACACAUAUUACUUCUCUCAGUCCUCAGGAGGAUGAUUAUUUCAUACAGUUUUGUGUUAAUUUACAGCCCCAGUAUUACAGACAGUUGGUGGAGUUCCGCCUGGCCAUUGAGGAAAUUAACAAGAAUCCAUCCCUACUACCAAAUGUGACUUUGGGAUACCAUAUAUACGACACCUGUGGACAAGAACAGAACGUUGUGAGGAACACAUUUCAGAUAUUAUCGGGUUCCGGGGAGCUAGUUCCCAAUUACUCUUGUGGAAAGAAGAGAAACAUUGCUGGUUUCAUUGGAGAUUUAACAUCAGAAACAACUAUAAUUAGUGCCCAAAUUCUGAGUCUGUUUGGCUUUUCCCAGAUCAGUUAUGGAGCCUCAGACCUCAUUCUUAGUGACAAAAUCACCUUCCCGUACUUUUUUCGGACAUUACAAAGUUAUCAUGGAUCUUCCCUCGUUUUAAGCCAAUUACUGAAUCAUUUCGGGUGGACAUGGGUUGGAAUUCUUAGCAUAGACAAUAACAGUGGGGAAAAAGAGCUUCAAGUGCUGAUGGAUUAUUUCACUAGAGUUGGUAUCUGUGUUGAGUUCACAAUUAAGAUAACUCAUUAUUUAAAUCAUAUUUCAUAUGAUGACCAAAUGUAUAUUAACACCAUUAAGGAGAUCAUUCAAAAAUCUACCACUAAUAUACUUGUUGUUUGUGGGAAACUGUCUAAGCCAAGUGUGAUUCGAUUAAUAAACCUUGAAGAUGCGUUGAUUAAAAAGACUUUGAUUUUUUCACCUUCAGCAUCAGCUAUCGAUCACAUUAUGAAAAGUAUAACUAAAACAUUUCAUGGUAGUUUGAUAUUUGAGCAAUAUACUGUCUAUCCCAGAGAAACCCAUGAAAUCAUGGAAUUUAUGAACAGUAUCCAUCCUUUUAAGAAUUCAGAAGAUAAAUUACUUGAAGAUAUUUUUUUGGUAACAUUUACUUGUUCAUCAAAAGACCAAUAUAAGAACCAGUUAUAUGAAUAUUUAUACAAAACAUAUUAUGCUGAAUGUGCUGAAAAUUACAUCACUGAGGCUCUUGGGUAUCUGAACAAUAUUCUACUUAAUGUAUUGUCUCCACAUGUGCACCUGGCAGUUGAUAUUAUGUCCCAGGCAGUUCAUGAGAUGCACAACUCCCUAAGUGAGAAAUCACCAGAAAAGGAUAAAAUGUUUCACCACUAUCCAUAUGAGAUCCCAAGAGCUCAAUGCACAGACAGUUGCCAGUCCGGCUACAGAAAGGCACUAAAGCCUGGGGCCCAACCCUGCUGCUACUAUUGUGUCCAGUGCUCCGAGGGAGAGAUCUCCAAUAGAACUGACAGAGAAAACUGCUACAGGUGCCCAGAGUUGGAAAGACCCAAUGACAAAAGGAAUCAGUGUAUUGCUAAGACAGAAGAGUUUCUCUCAUAUACAAGUAAUGUAAUUUCUGCAUUUUUGACAUCUACAGCAUUUCUGUUUUCCCUUAUAACUCUUCUUAUAUUGGGUGUCUUUGUUUCAUACUGGGACACCCCCAUAGUGAGAGCCAACAACAGGAGCCUGAGCUUCCUCCUCCUUGUCUCCAUCAAACUGAGCUUCCUCAGUGUGUUUCUGUUCCUCGGUCGCCCUGUGGAUAUAACCUGCAUGCUGCGUAACAUCACUUUUGGAAUCACCUUCUCCAUAGCUGUCUCUUCUCUCCUGGCCAAGACUAUCAUGGUUUGUGUUGCUUUCAAAGCCACCAAGCCAGGGAGCUCAUGGAGAAAAUGGGUGGGAGUCAAACUGUCCAAUUCUGUAGUCUUGAUCUGCUCAUCCAUUCAAAUAAUAAUCUGCAUGACUUGGUUGGCCAUUUCUCCUCCCUUUCAGGAACUGGACCUUCACACUUACCCUGGAACCAUCAUCAUUCAGUGCAAUGAGGGCUCAGCUAUUGGCUUUUACUCAGUUAUUGGGUAUAUGGGGCUUCUGGCAGCUGUUAGUUUUGUUUUAGCAUUUUUAGCUCGGACAUUACCGGACAGUUUUAAUGAGGCCAAGUACAUCACUUUCAGCAUGUUGCUCUUCUGCAGUGUUUGGAUCACAAUGAUCCCGGCCUAUCUGAGCACCAAAGGCAAAAACACUGUGUGUGUGGAGAUAUUUGCCAUACUCACUUCAUGUGCUGGACUUUUAGGUUGUAUAUUUGUGCCAAAAUGCUACGUAAUUAUGUUUAAGCCUGAAAUGAACCUAAAAUCUUGUUUACUGGGAAGCAAAAGCUGA